AUUGGCCCCGCCCCCUCGUCCCUGACUGACCGCUCACGCGCCCCCCAACCACGCUCCAAGAUGGCGGCGGCGGUGGUGGUGGCCGGGAGGGGCUGAGCGGAGCGAGCCCGCAGCCCCCCCCGCCAUGCUGCGGCGGCUGCUGGAGCGGCCCCGCUCGCUCGCCCUCUUGGUCGCCAGUCAGUUCGCCUUCAUCGCCUAUUUCUCGCUGGGGGGGUUCCGCACGCUGACGGCGCUCUUCGCCCGCGCCGCCGCGCCCGCCGUCGACUAUUCCCGCACCCACGAUGUCUACGCCAACCUCAGCCGCCUCCUGCCCCGGCGGCUCGACGGCGACCCCGCGCGCCCGCUGCCGCUCUGCCCCGAGCGCUCGCCCCUGCUCGUGGGGCCGCUGACCGUCAGCUUCAGCCGAGUGCCGACGCUGGAGCAGAUCCAGGCCAAGAACCCGGGGGUGUGGGAGGGGGGCCGCUAUCAGCCCCCCGACUGCGAGCCGCGCUCCCGCACCGCCGUCAUCAUCCCCCACCGCAACCGCGAGGCUCACCUGGGCCACCUCCUCUACUACCUUCACCCCUUCCUGCAGCGCCAGCAGCUCCGCUACGGCAUCUACGUCAUCCACCAGGCCGGAAACUCCACCUUCAACCGAGCGAAGCUGCUGAACGUGGGCGUGAAGGAGGCGUUGAAGGACGAAGAGUGGGAUUGUCUCUUCCUCCACGACGUUGACCUCAUCCCCGAGAACGACCACAACCUCUACACCUGCGACCCCUGGAACCCCAAACACGUCUCGGUGGCCAUGAACAAAUUCGGGUACAGCCUUCCGUACUCCCAAUAUUUCGGUGGAGUCUCGGCGCUGACCCCCGAUCAGUACAUGAAGAUCAAUGGGUUCCCCAACGAGUAUUGGGGUUGGGGCGGUGAGGACGACGACAUCGCCACCAGGGUGCGCCUGGCCGGGAUGAAGAUCGCCCGUCCGCCCAUCGCCAUCGGCCACUACAAGAUGGUCAAACACAAGAGCGACAAAGGCAACGAGGAGAACCCCCACAGGUUCGAUCUGCUGAUCCGCACGCAGCGGAUGUGGACUCAGGACGGGAUGAACUCGCUGACGUACACGCUGCUCGCCAAGGAGCUGCGCCCGCUCUACACCAACCUCACCGUGGACAUCGGCACCGACCCCCGCGGCCACCGGCCACCGGGCCACGAGGGCCACCGGCACCGCAGCAGCACCAGCCUGUUCCGCGAGGAGAUGCUGCGCCAGGCGCCGCGGGACGCAGCGCGGUGGGGCGAACAGGGGCUGCCGCGCGCCCCGCGCCUGCCCACGGCCACCGUGCCGCCGGCCAACCGCACCGGAUCCACGCUCACCAUCACCCAACGCAGCCCACCGAGCGUUGCCGACGCUCGCCGGGCCAACGGCGCGGCGCGGGACGAGGGGACGCUGGGUAACCAAAGCGAGCCGCGGCGCUUCCGUUAACACCGCAGCGCCGCACGGACUCUGCCGGGAAAGGGACUCUCAGCGGACGGUGAAGCGCAGCUCCGGAGAGACUGGGGGAGCGGCGAGCGCCGGGGCGGAGGGGGCACCCCAGAAGAAGGCGCCGGGGGUCCCCGUGCCCGGCGGCGGUGGCGGCCGCGGCCGCGCUGCGGCGUGCGGGUAUUUAUUCUAUUUAUGAGCCGCAAUCUGGACCUUUAUAAGGGUUUUUCAAUUAAAAAUACACUUUGUCCUA